AUGGACUCUUGGGUUCGAUUCAGCUCGCAAAGCCAAGCCAAGGAGAGGAUUAUACGGGCCGCUCAGUAUGCCUGCACACUGCUGGGCUACACUCUUUACAAAGGCGGAGCAGGUGCAGAACUUCUCAAAACUGUCAGUCAGCUGGAAGCGCACAUGAGUCUGGCAAGAAAAUUGCUACGUCUGGGAAACUCGGUGGAGGCCUUGGAGGCGGCCAAGAGGGCUAUCCACCUCUCUGACGGCAUACUUCGGCUCUGCCUCACCGUCAGCCACCUCAACAGAGCCAUGUACUUCGCCUGCGACAACGUCCUCUGGGCGGGGAAAACGGGUCUCCUAUCAAAAUUGGACCAGCACAAAUGGAGCCAGAGAUCUUUUAAGUACUACCUAUUUGCUCUGAUCCUCAACCUGACUCGCGAUGUGUACGAGCUGCGCCUACUCAUGGAACGCGAGGAGCGCCACCGAGCGGCCAAAUCCCCGCCAUCUCCCGACCUCGCCCCGACGCCCCCCGCCGCCGCUUCGGCGGUCCUGCCCUACCUGUUGGCGCGGCUCCACGGGCGGCUCCGGCUGUUGUCGGCGGUACUGCGCGACAACCCGCCGCUGUUGCUGGAUCUGCUGAAGAACACCUGCGACAUCUUCAUCCCGCUGGACCGCCUGGCCAUUUACCCCACCGGGACGGGCUUCGUCGGCGCCUGCGGACUGGCUUCCUCUUUGCUCUCCAUCCUCACUAUAGUCCAUCCUUGGCUGAAGCUCAAGCCGUGA